AUGGCAAACCAGACAAAGGAGGAGGAGGAUGAAGAGACGGCGAUGGUCAUCAAGUACGCCAGCUGGGCGGGAGCCGUCUUGGUUUUCGCCGCCGCUGUCGUGGCAAUCUUCGCACUCUCCCUUCCAUGGUGGAGCGGCACUCAGUCCAGCAAGCUCCUCAUCGAGGAUUCCCGCCUCGAUGGCACGGAGACCACGAUGGCCGCCAGCAUCUCGUUGUGGACAUUCGACCUCCAGGUGCAGCUGGCCCCCCGGGAGGGCGAGCGCGACGGAGAGGUGCAGAACAUCAGAGCUACAUGGGACGAUACCUGUGCGCAAGCAGCGCGGACCCUACCGCAGGUUCCUUACUGCGCCGAGGUGACCCUGGCUCGGGCCCUUGUCAUCAUGGCCGCCAUUCUCGACAGCUUCUCUGCUGCGUUCGUAGUGCUGGCGCGGCGGUUCUCCCCGCUGCUGCUCCUCGCAGCCGUGGCCAGCGGUGUGCUUGCCACGCUGUUCUGCUUCGGAGCUGCCGGUCUGGGUGUGAUGACCAGCACCACUGGCCUCGGCGGCAUGGGCUACUUCCUCCUGGGUGGCUCCCUGAUGGCAUCUGGCCUGGCAGUCGGCGCGAUCUUUUAUGCCGCGGCGAAGGCGAUGCCUCCGCCCCCAGACGCGCUGGAAGAAGUCCGCAAGACGCGGAUGUCGAACCUCCAGGAGUCCACCAAGAAAGAGAGGGAAAUGGCGGCCAUCCUGGAGGAGAAUGUCCAGAGGAGGAGGAGAGAGUCCGAGGAGAUGGGCAUGUCCCCAGCUCAGCGCGGCAGCAUCAAGCGGGUUCCUGUCAUGCUUCAGAAGGUGAUCUUUUGGACGCAGGAGAACGAGGACAACGAGGACGCGGAGCUGCCGAUGGAGCUUCUUCAGGCGGCCUAUCAGGAGAUCGACGAGGACGGCUCCGGCUCGGUGACGCUAGUUGAGCUCGUCGACGCACUGAAGCUUUGCGGCCUCAACGCGUCCGAGGCAGCGGCCACAACCGUCAUGCAGGAGAUUGACAAGAACAUGAACGGAACGAUCGACAUCCACGAGUUCGUCAUGUUCUUCAGGCAGGGAUUGCUCCACUUCGGUAUCACCUAA